AUGGCAUCCUCUCUCGAUCUCGACAACCUCGACUAUGUGCAUCUCAUACCCUACAAUGGUUCUGGUCCCACAGGAGGAGAUUCUCUCACGGAGGAUCUGAACAUUUGGUAUGAGACUGGUGACAUAGGAUGGAUGAUUACAGCCACUGCGUUGGUGUUGCUUAUGAUUCCUGGCGUCGGUUUCUUCUAUUCUGGACUGGCAAGAAGAAAGUCAGCACUUUCUCUCAUCUGGCUUUCCGUCAUGGCGACGGCUGUCACCAGUUUCCAGUGGUUCUUCUGGGGCUACUCACUAACAUUCUCGCACUCUGCUGGUGCUUUUAUUGGAGACCUGUCAAAUUUCGGAUUCAAGGACGUCCUCGGUCGUCCCUCUGUUGGCUCGAGCCGCCUUCCUGAUCUUCUCUUCGCCAUCUAUCAGGGCAUGUUCUCAUGCAUCACCGUUGCCCUUGCGACUGGAGCUGUCGCUGAGCGUGGCCGCAUGCUCCCUUGCGUCAUCUUCAUGUUUAUCUGGGCGACCGUCAUCUAUGACCCGAUUGCCUGCUGGACGUGGAACCCUAGUGGAUGGUCCAACAAGAUGGGCGGUCUCGACUUUGCUGGAGGUACACCCGUGCAUAUCGCGUCUGGCACAGCCGCCCUCGCCUACUCGAUGAUGUUGGGCAAGCGUCGUGGUCACGGUACCCACGAGCUCAACUACCGACCUCACAACGUCACCCACAUUGUCAUCGGCACCGUCUUCCUUUGGGUCGGCUGGUUCGGUUUCAACGCUGGCUCGGCUCUCUCUGCCAACCUUCGCGCUGUUCUUGCCGCCGUUGUCACAAACCUGGCUGCCUGUGUCGGUGGAAUCACUUGGUGCGUGUUGGAUUACAGGCUGGAACGCAAGUGGUCUACCGUGGGCUUCUGCUCUGGUGUUGUUGCUGGCCUGGUCUCCAUCACCCCGGGAUCCGGAUACGUCCCUGUCUGGGCUGCCGUUCCCUUCGGUAUUCUCGGUGCAGCCUUCGCCAAUUACGCCACUAAGCUCAAGUUCAUCCUCAGAAUCGACGACGCUCUUGACAUCUUUGCCGUCCACGGCAUUGGCGGUCUCGUGGGCAACAUCUGUACCGCCUUCUUUGCCGCCAAUUACAUUGCUCACCUCGACGGCGUCUCCGAGAUUGACGGAGGCUGGAUUAACCACAACUGGAUCCAGCUCGGAUACCAAUUGGCCGAUUCCUUCAGCGGUGGCGCUUACUCCUUUGUUGGCACCUGCACCAUCCUCUUCAUUAUGAACAUGAUUCCCGGUCUUCGUCUCCGUGCCACUGAAGAGGCAGAGAUUCUGGGUAUCGACGAUGCCGAAAUCGGCGAGUUCGCCUACGAUUACGUCGAGCUCACUAGAGAGGUGCUCAACGACAUGGACAACGAGGCUGCCAGCCGCUACUCCAACGAUAUGGCUUCUUUCCAGCCGAUGGAGAAGAACAACAGCAUUCCCUUGAUGGACGCCCGCAACUUUGCCGGGUCAUCACAACAAUAUCCCUCACAAUUCGGACACGCUCAAUAA